GAAUUAUUGGAUUGCCGCUGCUGCAGGGUCGUCUGCGGGAUCCCCGAUAUCCUUUCCGUAUCGAAGGUAUUACCUUACCUUAUCCACCGAAUGGAAGAAAAAAAAGUGGCUUCUCAUCCGCAUCCUUGGAGCCGUUGUUGUUUUUUUCUCUCUCUCUAACCCGUUACAUCCAAUCCUCUUACACGUCAAGUUGACCUGCAGGAACCUGAUUCAGCUUUUUCACCGUCUUUGACUCUGGGUCUGUCUUUGUUUUUGCCUGCAAACCUAUGGGCCUUGACUGAAGCAGACGUUUGGACUGGGAAGAAUCCCGAGGCUAGCAUUGCCAGUCCUUCCUCCUCUCCUCUUCAGGCUUGUCAUUGCCUUCAAACCCGGAAUGAGCACGGUCAAGCAGACCAAGAUACCGCCAUGGCCGACACGGACAACCUGAGGACAGCAUCGCUGUACAUCAACAACCAGCUUCUUUCGAGAGGACUGCUCCGCGAUGGCUCAACCAUUGACUUUGCAGACCCAAUGAGUGGUGGAGACUUGGGCGACACGAUGAGCAGGAUCAUGGGAGUAGUCAACGACCUGAUCUUGCGGAGAGAUCGAGAUGCCGAACACCGCGAGGCCCUCUCGCAAACCCUCCGAACCCUACGCGCCGAGAACCUCCACCAGACAAGCCACCUCCAGCGCGAGUGCGACGCGCAUGCCGACGCGCAACGGCGGCUGCAGACGGCCGAGGCGGCGAGCCAGGCCCAGCGCGCCCAGCUGUCGCAGGCCGAGUCGACCAUCCACAAGCUCAAGGACGACGCGGCGCGUACAAAGGCCCUCGUGGCCCAGACGCGUGGCGCCUGCGCCAACGAGGUGCGCAAGCGCGACAGGCAGAUCGAAGCGCUCAAAAAGGCCGUCCUCGACGCCGGCCGGGCGCGUGGCGAGCGGAGGGGCACCACCGUCACGAGCAUCACGGUCACGGGCGAGAUGGGUGGCGAUGGUGGUGAGGCGCAAGGCGCUACCGGGCUGGAGCAGGGUGCUACGGCCUGUGAUGAUUAUGACCUCCGCCAGGAGUCGAAUUCGUUCCUGGCCGAGCUUGCAAAAGGGCUGAGUGCGGACAACGAGGCUCUGAUGGCCCUGGUCAGGAGGGUGGAGUCGAACCUCAAGGACAUGAGCGGAUACGAGGGAACCCCGACUACGGAGGCGCAGAAUGCUCAAGCUUCAUUGCUUCCAGGAGCCGUGGAAGAGCUGGAGACCGAGAUCGACGCGGUGCUCCAGCAUCUUCGCACAAUUCUCACAAACCCCUCUUUCGUUCCCAUAGAGGAGGUUGUGGUCCGUGACGAAGAGAUCCACAGGUUACGGGACGGCUGGGAGAAGAUGGAGACGAGGUGGAAGGAGGCAGUACACCUGAUUGACGGCUGGCGUCGUAGAAUGGCGUCCAGCGGCAAGUCGGUCAACAUGGAGGAGCUCAAAAUGGGUCUGCGUUUGAGCCCAGUGCGCGUAAGGCACGUGGCCGAGACAUCACAGGGUCUAGGUCUGCGUGUUGCGCCCAUCAACUUUAACCUGAGAUCGGUUCAAGAAGAGGAGGAAGAUGAGGAGGAGCUGAAGGAGGAGCAGCGUGAAGAGAAAUCUACCAUUCACAUGAUUCCAAGCCCAGCAGAGUCAUUACACCUUGUCCCAGCGCCUGGCUAUGAGGACCUGGCCGACGAUGAUGAGAACGACGACGACAGCGACUCCGAGUCCAGCAUCUUUGAAGACGAGGUCGACAUUCACGACUUGGAUGUUUCGGAGCCUAAUGUGCAGAUCCUGGAACAGUCGAUGAUGAUGGAAUCCCUCGAUUCGUCCCCACUACCCGAGCCACCUCAGCUCAGCCCCCUAAAAGACUCGGAGGCGGCAGGUAACAGACGCCGUCCAGAGCCCUCACGUUCCCGCAAGCGACCAGGAGAGUUCUCUGCGAUAACAGAGGAAAACACAUACGAAUCGGCCUCCGCCGUCGAGGAGGCGCCUCCUAAACCGCCAGCACGAGUGGCCAAGAAGGCCGAACCAAGACAGCGCCAGACAGCCGCGGCGACUCGUCCAAAGCCACAAGAAAUGCCCUCUAGGCCCAACUCUGCGGCAUCAUAUGCGUCAACCACAUCCACAACCACGGAUAAGAGCAUCAAGCUUGUCAAGUGUGAUGUGUCCGCCCCGACCUCUGGCACAAAGUCCGCACAGCCUCCGCCGGCGAAGAAGCGCAACACGGCAAAGACUGCCGAGCCGCAGCCAUCGUCGAGGAGACCGGCACGGCCAGCAACGAGCAUGGCAACGACCAGGCCGACCAGAGCAGCAGCCGCAGCAGCCUCCAGGGCCGUAACUACCACCAGGGAGACAAAAACACAUGCUCCCAGCAAGAGCCUCCCCGAACAACAAAUACAAGAAAUCACCUCAGCCCAGCAGCCCAAGCGAGGAGCGGCAGCUAAAGAGAUGCCCCCACCGCCCGUGCCCACCCGCACCACCAGGCAAACCGCAGCGACACCAUCCAAGAUGACCAUAGUGGUCCCGCCACCCUCCUCAUCCCGCCUCCCCCUGCCCCGCACCGCCAACGCUAACGGCGUGCCGCAGAGCCCACUGACCAUGGCAACCAUACAGGCCAAGCUCGCCGCCUCGGAGCGGGACGCCGACGCCGCCAGGGUACGUGCAAAACUCAAGGCCGCUCGCCUCGGGCGCGGUGGUCUCGGUGCCGCCGCGGCAGCAGGAGCAGCAGCAGCCCCGUCGCGGACGGCCUCCAACGGCACUACCAAGUCGGCAGACGACAGUGAGCAGGGAGGGGCCAGCGUGAGGAGUGUUGACAGCUCGGAGCCGGUCAAGCGGGCAGCUACAGGAGGGGCGCGCUCGCCAUUGUCGGAGCUGGCCGUCUCGGGCGGCAGCGAGGACAAGUGCAGCAGUACGGGGUCGACGGUGCGUGUCGUCGUGGAUAAGCCACAGGAGCUGAGCCCACGGAAGCGAGGCAGACGGGCCGAGAAGGUCGCCUCCAGACGGCGGAGCACGCUGAAUGCGUGGGAGCUUAAGACGCUGAUCUCGGGUGACGUUGGGGUUUCACCCUCCCGAGGGAGCUGAAGAAACUGAUUCGGAAGGGCGCGGGGGGAAAACAAAUAAGGUUGGAUACUUGCUUUUCUUUUUUUUUUUUUUAUCUCCAGCAUGAGAGGGGGAUCCAAGUGGAAUAAGCAAGCGUAAUUUGUCUUUUGCAGCAGAGGUGGCUGUUGUUAGGGGUUGUCUGCUUUGCUUCUGGUCGAGGUUUUUUUCUCCAAAACUCGUGUAACUUCAUGCCCUCUUACGUCUCUUACGUGGUUAUGAUUGCUAUGAAAGUGGCGGCAUUUAAAGGUUCCUUUGAAGGCGUUUUUAUAAUUUUUUGUCUCAUUUAUGGAUGGGGUCUUGGUUUCUUUUUUCCUGGUUCUCGGCUCCCUUCUUUAACGGGACCUCUUCCUUUUUUUUUCUUUCAGGUUGCUAUGGGGACAUCCGUGGCCGUGCAAACUCAUCGAUGGCAUAUUCCGUGUACUUCAAUUCAAAAGUCCAGUCCGUCUGGCAAUAAUUCUUCCAUCUCAUGUUUGCGCAUUUCUGCUACUCCGUUAUUGAGCUUGGUAAGAAAAAGCGCCUCAUUGACUAGCAAACAAACCCCCCUCCCCCAAACCC